AUGUGCGAACCACAAGUGCAACCCGGUGUGCCAGAUCUCUUCACCACGCCGCCUCUGCUCCUAGAUGCUUUGGUGACGGAAACUUCCGAGGUCCAAGCGGAGACGGUCAACAAAUGUCUACCUUUCUUGAAGGGCAUUCACAGCACCCAGAAUGGCCCUUUCAACCGGUUUGGCGUGCCCGCCCUCACGAGGGAUGAGCAUGUAGCCUAUUUGUUCGACUCCUUAGAGGACUACCCAGAGGGGUUCGUUGCCAUGGAUGCCAGUCGGCCCUGGCUGGUCUACUGGGCCCUGGCAGCUUUGAGCCUUCUAGGUGAGGAUAUCAGUAGAGUCCGCGAACGUGUUGUCAAAUCAUUCAUACCCAUGCAAAACCCGACGGGGGGCUUUGGAGGUGGCCAUGGCCAAUUGUCCCACUGCGCUUCGAGCUAUGCUGCUGUGCUUUCCCUUGCGAUGAUCGGAGGCGAAGAGGCAUACAACCUAAUUGAUAGGGAGAAGAUGUGGAGAUGGCUUGGAAGACUGAAGCAGCCCGAUGGGGGCUUUAGAGUCUGCGAAGGUGGGGAAGAAGAUGUGCGCGGCGCUUACUGCGCGAUGGUCAUCAUAUCACUACUAGAUUUGCCACUUAUCCUACCCCCGGAAGCCGAAGCCAGACGACAUGGUCUGGAGACGUUCGAUAGUGGCCUCCCCGCAUAUCUUUCUCGAUGUCAAACAUUCGAAGGUGGGAUUUCCGGAAGUCCCGGGUCGGAGGCACAUGGCGCCUAUGCAUUCUGUGCUUUGGCCUGUCUGUGCAUCCUGGGCCAGCCUGAAGUGACCGUGGCGAGGUGCAUGGAUGUCCCUCUUCUCCUGUCCUGGCUCUCUGCUCGACAGUAUGCCCCUGAAGGCGGCUUUUCGGGGAGAACCAAUAAGCUGGUUGACGGAUGCUACAGCCACUGGGUUGGAUCUUGCUGGCCAUUGAUCCAAUCCGCGCUCGACGGAGCUCAACCGGCGGCAGGGCCCAAACAGAGCUCUGUGGGCAACCUCUACAGUCGGGAGGGCUUGACCCGAUAUAUUCUUGGGUGUUGUCAGGCCAAGUUCGGGGGUCUUCGUGAUAAGCCUGGAAAACAUGUAGAUUCGUAUCAUACCUGCUAUACCCUUGCGGGUCUAAGCACUACACAGCAUCACCACUAUCAUACAACUCGCAGUGUCUCCAGCAAGGAAGACUUCGCGUCAGCUUUCUCAUGGCAAUACACUUCUCCAGUCACUUCUGACGGCGAUUCAGCUGAUGUGAAUGUGUUUGACGAGAACGACAAGGUUGCAGCUCUUCAUCCACUUUACGUGAUUCCUCAUGCGGCUGCGGAGGGAAUGCGCCUGUGGUGUGAAAGGCAACCAGUAAAUGUGAAUUAG